AUGCCGAAUCCUUCCAGCGCCCACGGCACCUACCGCCGUUCUCUCGCUCCGUGGUGCCGCCCCCACCGUCGUCUCUACAACUCCACGGGUCUUCUACUCCGUUCGCAAACGCCAGCCGUCGAUAUUGCUUCUAUUGCAAGAGCUAUGGACAUACACGUGAAGAAUGUCGUAGCGGGUAUGGUGUUCGAUUUCGCUGCAUCAAUUUGGUGUUUCUCUGGUGAUGAAGUGACUUACCCAUUGGAAUAUGAACUUUCCAGACCAUGCGUGUCCGUAUCCUCUGUAGAUUUCCUACGUGAGGAAGAAGGAGUUAUGCUGCAUCCUGAAGAGAGACUGCUGUUGUCCGACCUCUUGAAACAGAACGAAGACCUGUUCGAACAAGGGGGAGGGGACCAACUCGGCCGAUACAGGCGCACCGAUGACUACAAGGUGACCCCAGCCCAGCAGAAUUCUGACGUCAGCCGAAAGGAAUUACUCUACCUCCGAGCGGGGGUUAAACAAGAGCUCAUCCCAGUUUACCACCCUGAAGUUAAUCCAAAAAGCGAGAACUCAAGGUACAUCCCAGUUUACCACCCUGAAGCUAAUCCAAAUAUCGAGAACUCAAGGAUAUUCGAGAUCGUGUUCAGAAAAAACAAGAUCAUCGUAGGAGAUAGG